AUGUUUAUAAAUCAUUUCGAUCGAAGUUGGGAGUUUUGGUAUGUAGACAAAUUAAGACUACGCUUUAUUGCGUACGUUACAUGUAGGACGAUGAAAAAUGCGAGAAAAUGUUUCCAACACAAAGCUGAAAAAGAAAAAAGAGGAAGAGUAGGUGUGAGUGCUCUGCAUGUUCUUAGCGCCAGUGGGAAAUGUUUCUCACGAACAUCGAGGGAGGUCUUGCAAAGUUUAUUUUUGCAAGCAAAUGUAUGA